AGUCACAAAUUAAAAAAUCUAAACUUCAAAUUACAUAAAAAAAAAUAUCCAAAUCCUCACAUCAUCGUUUCAAUUCAAAAUUGACAAGUACAUUGUACAUUUAUAUUCAUUAAAAAAAUACACAUACAUUGAAUCAUUUUCACCUAAAUAAUGAAUAUAAACGAAUGAUAUGAACCGGCGCCCAUCACCUUUAGACAACGAUCAAUGCCGUUCAUGCUCUAGUUUUUCAGAUUACAUCAAAGCAACAAAAAAGAAAAAAGAUGCCGAAAAUGGAAUAACUGGGGCUGUCACAGGCGAUUCCGGAAAUUCAAAUAAUAGUGGUUACACAAGACGACGAAGUGACUGUCCACUAGAUAAAGAUGAAUUGGGGAACAAAUCAUGGGGCCUCUUACACACAAUGGCAGCAAAUUAUCCAGUACAACCUAGUCAGGCUCAAAAAACCGAUAUGAAGACUUUCUUCAAUGUUUUUGCCAAAUUUUACCCCUGCCACUAUUGUGCCGAGGAUCUUAGAGAAGAACUUAAAAUCGAUCCUCCAAAAGUCGAUUCUCAGGAAGCACUAAGUCAAUGGUUAUGUAGACUACAUAACAAAGUGAACGUGAAAAUAGGAAAGGAAGUGUUUGAUUGUUCAAAAGUUAAUGAGAGGUGGAGGGAUGGCUGGCUGGAUGGAUCCUGUGAUUACUAAGAGAGUGUAUUUAGUGUUUUUAGAUGGUUUUUAUUAACUUGAAGAAUAAAAAUGACCUAUUAUUGUUUA